ACAUGCGCAGUGGCUUCCCAUAAGUGUAGCUACCCUGCGACACACCAGCGCUUCAGAAGCUCGUCGCGUUGUCGAUACGGCAGCAUCCCUGGGUGACAGCGCUCCUGUCCUGUGGCUUCUAGUCGUCGGCUCCUCCUCAAAGUGCAAAGAUUAUCCGACACAGCAGCGAGUAACACCCAGGCGUCCGACUGGAUCUCACCUCACAAUGGCAGUUACUCCACUUUCCCUCUUUGUGGAUCGGUACACCUGUGCGGUGUGCCUGGAUGUCCUGAAGGAGCCAGUGACUAUCCCCUGUGGACACAGCUACUGCGUGAAGUGUAUUGAUCACUACUGGCGCCAGCUGGAUACGUGGCGGGUCUACAGGUGUCCCGAGUGCAGACGGUCAUUCGACAGGAGGCCAGAGCUGAACCGAAACACCACAUUGGCAGAUCUACUAGAAAGGCUGAAGGGAGUGAAGGUCGACGUCAGUCCAUCUCAGAGUUACGCCGGACCUGACGACGUGCCCUGUGACGUGUGUCCAGGGAGAAAACGGAAAGCUUCAAAGACGUGUCUGACCUGCUUGGUCUCUUACUGCGAGACUCACCUACAGCCACACAAGGAGCUUCAGGCCUUCAAAAAACACAAAGUGGAGGCGCUGAGUGGCAACCUCAAAGAGAAGCUCUGCAGGAAACAUCACAGAAUCCUAGAAAUAUACUGUAGGACAGACAAGACCUGCGUCUGCUCCCUGUGCGCGGCGACAGAACACAAGAGUCACGACACGGUGACACCGGACAGAGAGAGAGCCCGUAGACAGAUUCGGAUGGAAAGAAGAAAGUCUGAAAUGGAAAAGAGAAUUGAGGAGAAAGAGAAGAAAUUGAAGGAGAUGAAGGAGAUGGUACGGGGGAUUCAGAGAUCUGCAGAGAGAGAGAUGAGGAAACACGAGGAGAUGCUCAAGUCUGUACUUCGAUCCAUCGAGAGGCUGCGUUUGGAGGUCACUAAUUUGAUUGGAGAUCACAAGAGGAAGGAAGAGAGAAAGGCUGAAGAUGUCAUUAGACAACUGGAGAAGGAGAUUAAAGAGCUGAGGAGGAGAGACGCCGAGAUGGCCGUACUUUUACAGACGGACGACCACAUCCACUUCCUCCAGAGGUUCCCAUCUCUCUGUGUUCCUGUUGAAGAUGGAGGGGUACCCGCCCUUACAAUUAACAGGGACUUUCUCCCCACGACUCUAAAGACCAGUCUGUCCGAUCUGAACAAGAAUCUGGAGGAUAUCCGUGACUGGAAGUUCCUGAAGAGCAGGGAGACGAGUGUGGUGGGUUGGGUGUCCUCAGAUGUUAACUGCGUGGAUCACAACCUGGACAGUCUAACGAGUAGAAGUCACUUUUUAAAAUACUCCUGUCCACUCUCCUUGGACCCCAAUACGGCACACAGAUGCCUUCAUGUCUUUGAAGGGAACAAGAAGGUGAUGGACAAGAGGACAGUGACUCCGUAUCCCAAUCACCCUGACAGGUUUGGCUUUUGGCCUCAAGUUCUAUGCUCCGAGGUUCCAAGUGGGACUCGCUGCUACUGGGAGGUUGAGUGGACUGGCAAGUGGGCUGACAUUGGAGUCGCCUGCAAAGGCAUGGAGAGGAAAGGAUGGGGUAAGGAGUGCGGGCUUGGGCGCAAUGACAAGUCCUGGAUGUUGUCCUGCUCUCAUUCCAGUUACGUGGUGUGUCACAAUAACAUGAAGACUGAAAUCGGUGCCCUCUGCACUCACAGGAUAGGCAUCUAUCUGGACCUUCCUGCUGGCUUUCUGUCCUUUUAUAGUGUCUCCUUCACAAUGACCCUCCUGCACAGGUUCAAGAUCUCCUUCACAGAGCCGCUCUGCCUGGGGUUUGGACUUGGAUUGGAUUCCAGUGUAACAAUCUGUCAUCUAAACCCAUAUGACCAGUAACUGAUGUGGUCUGCAGAUCACUUCAUGUCUUGAGUGUCAUACUGGGAGUUAUUUUCAAGUUAAGAGGAAAAUUUAACGGGCCACGCUAGAAUUCAUUUAUCAUCCUUAAGAAAACAACAUGAAAAGUGACCACGAGCCAACUUCAUUGAGUGGACACCACACAGGCCUAAAGGGGUUGGGUGAGGACAGCCAGCAAGGGUGCACCUUUGAAGAGAGAGAAGGAAAGGCCAGUGUGGUGCAAUAACAACAGAAAGGGAAAGAAGUGCGAAUACUGAUGGUCUUGCUAGAGUCCCUUUGUGGGUGGGAGGCUCGGAGGGGCUGCAGUCCCUUCAUUUUACUGCAAUAUGUUUGUUGGUCCCUCUUGUGUGUUAUCUUACCCUUGUGUAUUGCAUUGUUGUAUAAUAAAAGGCACCCUCCUUUGGUACCAGAGGCCCA